AUGGACGCUAAGGUUUACACAUCAAAAGCCAACCCCAAGGCGACGGCAAACCCUGUCUCAAAGCUCUUCGUGUGGUGGAUGCGGGAGCUCGUGUGGAAGGGGGACCUCACAGAAGACGACCUGUUCGUCCGCCUCGACUGUGACGCCACGGAGCAUCUGGGAGACAGGCUGCAGAAGUCAUGGGAUGAAGAACUUACACGGGCCAAAGAGAAGGGCAGCAGACCGAGUUUAGCGAGAGCUAUUGUAAGGACAUUCUGGUUGCGCUAUUUUACCUACGGAGUCCUAUACCUUUUCGACCAAGUCAUCCUCAGAGUCGCGCAGCCGUUGCUCCUGGGGAUGGUUAUUCAAUACUUCAGCCCAGACAGCGACAUUUCGCAGCAGGAAGCCUACCUAUACGCCAGCCUGAUGGUGGUCAUCAACUUCGUGAUGACGUUCUGCCAGCACCACUACAACAUGCUGACUACCUACGUCGGCAUGAGAGUCAGGGUUGCCUGCUGCUCUCUAAUUUAUAGAAAGGUGCUGCGCAUCAACAAGCAGUCGAUGGACGCCACUGCCACCGGCCAGGUGAUCAACCUGAUGUCUAACGACGUGGCCCGCUUCGACGUGGCGUCGGUAUACGGCAACUUCCUUUGGCUGAGCUUCCUGCAGCUGGCGCUCGUCACUUACUGCUUGUACCGCUACGUGUCCUGGGCUGCCUUCGCCGGUGUCGUCUACGUCGUUCUGAUGACAGUGCCGCCACAGACUUAUAUGGGGAGACUGUCAGCGCGAUUCCGUAAGCGAGUGGCCGUCCGCACUGACGAGAGGAUGAGGAUGAUGAACGAGCUGGUGCAGGGCAUACAGGUGGUCAAGAUGUACGCCUGGGAGAAGCCCUUCGCCAAGCUCGUGGCCAUGGCCAGGAAGUCUGAAGUGCACAAGCUGUUACACGCAGCCUACCUGAGAAGCUUUCUUUUGGCAUCGGCCGUCUUCAUAGAGAGGUCCUCUCUCCUCGUCACAUUACUGGCAUACUUCUUGGGAGGCAAAAUUGCAGGCCCUGAUCAGAUAUUCGCAAUGGCUCGUUUCUACAACGUCCUCAACGCUUCCUUAGCCAUUAUGUUUCCCAUGGGCAUUGCAACAGUACAAGAGGCUCGAAUUUCUGUCCGCCGUAUCGAGGAGUUCCUGUUGAAGCCCGAGUCCACAACCGAGGCCAGCAGCGUAGGAGCAGCACGUGGGGACGUCUCCUUGCAGCACGUGACCGCCACGUGGGAUGCCGCGAGUCCUGCUCUGGCCGCCAUAAACCUCAACGUCCCCGCCGGCAAGCUGUGUGCGAUUGUGGGCCCCGUUGGUUGCGGAAAGAGUUCCCUGUUGUACCUGCUGAUAAAUGAGCUCGCUCCGUCGUCUGGAAACCUAAGGAUUGGUGGAAAAGUGUCGUACGCGAGCCAGGAGCCGUGGGUAUUCGUGGGCAGCGUGCGGCAGAACAUCCUGUUCGGACAGCCGUACGACCGGAAGAAGUACCAGCGCGUGGUGGAGGCGUGCGCCCUGUCCAAGGACUUUGAGCUGCUGCCGUACGGCGACCAGACGCUGGUGGGCGAGAAGGGCAUCACCCUCAGCGGCGGACAGAGGGCCAGGGUCAGCCUCGCCAGAGCAGUUUACCGUGAAGCGGAUAUUUACUUGCUUGAUGAUCCUUUAUCUGCGGUCGAUACUCAUGUUGGGAAGCACCUCUUUGAUGAAUGCAUCACCUCCUAUCUGGGAAGCAAGACCAGAAUCCUGGUAACUCACCAGCUUCAGUACGUGCAGGGAGCUGACAACAUCGUGGUGCUCAACAAGGGAAGGAUAGAACAGCAGGGCAGCUUCGACGAGAUCAUCCAGAGCGGUGUCAGCUUCUCAAAGCUGAUGAGCAGUUCGGAGGAGGACGGAGACACGGAUCCUGCGAGUAUGAGGCGCACGCAGAGCGCUCGAAAAUCAUUGCUGAAUGUGAUUGCUGAAGAGACAGGAAAGCUACACAGAGAUCCGGCAGAGCAGGACAACAGCGAGAAGGUGCUGGACGCGGAGUUCAGGUGGUCGACCAUCUGGCAGUACUACGGGGCUGCCGGGGGCGUGGGCCCGCUGCUCUCCGUGGUCGCCUUGCUGCUCAUAGCGCAGGUCAUCACCAGCGGCUCCGAUUACGUCGUAACCUACUGGUCUAGUACGGAGGUAGUGAGGACGUCCCUGCAGAAGCGGGUGGAAGCCGGCGGCGGCCGCAACCAGACGCUGUCUGAAGAACUGGCGUCGCUGCCGCCGAGCGAGUUCUUCCUGGAGCUGUAUGGCGGCCUCGUGCUGGGCUGCAUCCUGCUCAACCAGAUCCGGUCCGUGGCGUUUUUCAUCCUGUCCAUGCGAGCAUCUCGCAGCUUGCACAACACCAUGUUCAACUCCGUACUGAGAGCAGCUAUGCGCUUCUUCGACACGAAUCCCUCUGGCAGAAUACUCAAUAGGUUUUCUAAGGACAUCGGAUCCAUCGAUGAACUGUUACCACAGUUCGUUAUCGUGAUGAUACAGAUCUACCUUGUGCUCUGCGGAAUUUUGGCCAUGGUCCUAGUGGUGAACUACGUUCUCAUCAUACCGAUGGUCAUAGUCGGUGGAGUAUUCAUUUUUGUGGCUAGACUUUUCAUGUCUACUGGGAGAAGUGUGAAGAGACUUGAAGGCAUCCGUAGAAGUCCCGUAUUUUCUCAUCUUUCCGAUACGCUCAACGGAUUGGCAACAAUAAGGGCAUCAAGUAUCCAAGAUGUAGUUAGGAAGGAAUUCGAUGGGCACCAGGACCGCCACACGUCAGCGUGGUUUCUGUACGUAACAAACGCUUCUGCCCUCGGCAUAUGGUUGGACUUACUUAGCAGCAUUUUCGCUACUAUCGUCACCUUCAGCUUCUUCCUCUUGUCAGAAGGGUCCUUUGGCGGUUCCGGCGUGGGGCUGGCUAUUUCGCAGUCUCUCGUUCUGACCAGCAUGCUCCAGCACGGCAUACUCCAGAUGACUGAGGUUGUCAGCCAGAUCACGUCGGUGGAGAGGGUGCUAGAGUACACCAGAAUUCCGCCUGAAGCUGCUCUUGAGUCUCCACCAGACAAGAAACCACCUGCAACAUGGCCACAGCGAGGGCAUGUCAUCUUCCAAAACAUUUAUCUCAAGUACAGCCAAACGGACCCUCCAGUUCUCAAGAACCUUAAUUUCACCAUUGAAGCUACACAUAAGGUUGGCAUUGUUGGCCGAACGGGCGCAGGGAAGUCGUCGCUUAUCUCCGCCCUGUUCCGGCUGGCCCCACUAGAGGGGGCGAUCCUGGUUGACGGCGUGGACACCAGCACGCUGGGCCUUCACGACCUGCGGAAGCGUAUCUCCAUCAUCCCGCAGGAGCCCGUGCUCUUCUCAGAGACUCUCCGCUUCAACCUGGACCCUUUUUCAGAGUUUGACGAUGCGAUGUUGUGGAACGCACUUGAGGAGGUGGAGCUCAAAUCCAGUAUACAGACGCUGGACUUCCAGGUGACGGAGGGCGGCAGUAACUUCAGCGUGGGCCAGAGGCAGCUGCUGUGUCUGGCGAGGGCCAUACUCAGGAACAACAGGAUCCUGGUGCUCGAUGAAGCAACCGCCAAUGUCGACCCAGAGACUGAUGCUCUCAUUCAGGCUACAAUCCGCAGGAAGUUCAAACACUGUACAGUGCUGACGAUAGCCCACAGACUUAACACCAUAAUGGAUUCUGACAGAGUCCUCGUGAUGGACGCAGGGACUAUGGUGGAAUACGAUCACCCUCACAUUUUGUUGCAAAAUCCAAGUGGUUUUCUGACAAAGCUUGUAGAAGAGACGGGAACUGCAAUGGCGGAACAGUUAAAAAAUGUUGCUAAGGAGAGCUAUGCUGAGUUAACUGCUACAACAGAAGAAACAAAGAAUGAGCAGAUUACAAAACUUUGAAGCUCCG